AUGGCGUCCGUAUACAAAUCCAUGGCCAAAGGCAAGGCUACCGGCAAAGGACGCGACGAAGACGGUGAAAGCAAACCCAAGAAUCGCCAGCGGGUCCUGAUCUUGACAUCGAGAGGUGUGACCUACAGACACCGCCAUCUCCUCGGCGACCUACACGCACUCCUUCCUCACAGCCGCAAAGACGCCAAACUCGACACGAAAACCCAGCUCCACCAGCUCAACGAGCUCGCCGACCUGUACAACUGCAAUAAUGUCAUGUUCUUCGAGGCACGUAAAGGCAAGGAUCUCUACAUUUGGCUAUCAAAGCCUCCCAAUGGACCGACUGUGAAGAUGCAUUGCCAGAAUGUCCAUACCAUGGAGGAGCUGAACUUCACUGGAAACUGCUUAAAAGGGUCACGACCGGUACUGAGCUUCGAUGCGAGCUUCGACAAGAUGGCGCAUACACGGGUGUUGAAGGAACUGCUCACACAUACUUUUGGCGUACCGCAAUCGAGUCGCAAGGUCAAGCCGUUUGUGGAUCACGUCAUGGGCUUCACGUUGGCAGACGGAAAGAUCUGGAUCAGGUGCUAUCAAAUCUCGGAAACCGAAGUCGCAAAGGGCAAGCCUACUGAGGGAGAGACUGAGGCCCCUAGUAAAGCUGUGGCCAAGGUUGGGAAAGGGGAGACACACGUUUCGCUGGUCGAGAUCGGACCUAGGUUGGUCCUGACGCCGAUUGYGAUCCUGGAGGGAAGCUUUGGUGGCCCCGUGAUUUACGAGAACAAGGAAUUCGUGUCGCCCAACCAAAUCCGUAGCGACUUGCGAAGGGCAAAGUCGGGCAGAUACAACCGCCGUGCGGAGGACGAGAUGGGUAGGAAGGCACGCCAUCGUGAUCUUGGCCUGCGGACAGGCGAGKGACAGAAGGAGGUUGACGAAUUGGAUGAGCGCGUGCUCUUCGCAUGA